AUUUAAAAUUGUGUUUGCAUUUUUUUCUUUCUUGUGUAAUUUCUACCCAUGCUUCCCUUCUCCCCGUUGCCUCUCAACCGUGGUAUCUUUCUUUCCCUUCUCAUCUCUUCAUUCGGGGUUGUGGCUCCUAUGACCUGUCCCAUUUGUCUCGCUGAAGACCUGCUUCCCGACUUGCCUAACCCGCCUUCUGGAGUUUGUCCCUCCUCCUUGAACUUCCCUAUUUGUAUACCGAAAAUAAUAGAUUCCGAGAGCUGUAAGUAGUACCAAACAAAAGAACCAAGAAAUUAAUUUCCUCCACAGUACCCAGGUUUUUGAUGUUAUCCAAACAACCAAGCCUUUAAAAAAAAAAAAAAAAAGAUGCGCAAAACGAGCGAGCAUAUAAACACAGGAAAAAAACAAAUUUGAUAAGUACACGGAAGGAAAAAGUAAAGGCAAAAAAAGCCAUGUAUGGUUAUAUGUGCAAGGUGAUAGAUGAUUUUUUUUUCCCUUUCCUUCUCCUGUCCUUGGUGGUUUUUUAUUUCAGCCAGAAACGCCAGGAAGCGGAUCUCUCAAAUUGUACACCCGUUUUGAGCUUUUAACUCUGCCAUUGGCAAAGGAAGAUGAGAGUAAAGAGAUCAACUCAUUGGCAAGGGUUUAGCUUGGCCAUG